CACAAAUUUAAAGUUGAAUAUCUUGCAUUACAAAAGAGAAAAAUGGCUUCAUCAAGAUUUCAACUUGUUGCUCUUCUCGUCAUCUUCUCUCUCGUUAUUAAUAUUACUGCCCGAUCCGCAGAAAAAGAAGUAAUGGACGGACCAUGCCGCUUAAGAGGAACGUGCAACAACGACAGUGACUGCGACAAACAUUGUCACAGGAGCACCGACGCUACACCCAUGGACGGCCACUGCCUCUUCGACAAACCCACCGGUCCUGUGUGUUGCUGCUUAUUUGAUUAAAUCAUAUAUAUUUGUCUUUUUUUAUCCUUCAAAUCUACACCGUAUCUUUCUAAAAUAAUGAUGUAAAAUUGAAUAAAAACGUUACGUCCCA